GGAUACACUUUAGUCUGUAAACAUGCUUAUUAUUUGUUUGCAGGAAUUUGAUUUUCAUGUGCGCUGGCCUGGGGUGAAGCUAUUAACCACUCUUCUUAAACAGCAGGCACCACAAGUUCAGCAAAUUGUUUUAGUUAGUCCAAUGGGUAAGUUAUUGAAUUGUUGUUUUUUAUUCUUUCUUUUUGCAUGCCAAUAGUCAAUGAUCACAAUCCAAGUAAAAACAGUGCUUUUACAACAUGGUCAUGAAAUACUUCCUACAAAAGGUUGAUAAGCAUAUACACGACCACAUCAAUCAACAAGAAGUCCCCAGAAUGUCAUUGCAAGCACUCUGCAUGUCCACAGCAAGAUUUUAUAUUUUAAGUAUAAUAGAGAACUGAGUGAAAUAAGAAGUAUAAAGGGUAGCAAGUGCAGUGAACCAAGCUUAUGAUAGGCGUCUGAGCUGACCUCUUUACCUAUGUCGAAGAUGCCUUCUAAGCGAUAAUCCUAUUUAUGUUAUCUGGCCUCUGCCUAGUACAUAGAAAUCUUAUGUGAACAGAAGAAAAAAAAAAGGGUGCGGGGGUUAAGCGGAAUAUCUCCGCUCCCGCCUCCCCCGCCCCUCUGAUCCUCCACCUAUAUGAGUUCCCAAUACCCUAUACUGGUGAAUGCCAGGGCCACUUCUCCAGUACCCAGGAGUGCUAUAUUGUCCCUGUGUCGUGAAAUCUACAGCCUGUCCUUAGACCUAUGCCAGGGUUCCCAGACUUUGUGGAAAGAGUCAAGGGAGUUACGCAAGAUCACUGCAGGGUUGCUGAUAAUUGAUCCAUUAGGUGUUUAUCUUCUAUUUUUGCCCUCACCUCACAUGAGGAGGGGGGGCGGGGUGUAACCAGUGGGCUGCAAGGACCCGUCUUGCUGCUAGAGUGAUUUUAUUACAUAAUUUUUGUUCACGGUGGGUCAGUCCCUCUAAGGGCUAAGAAAGCAAAAACAUCUAGUAUUGUUUUUCAAUACAUUAUUUUCCAUACAACUGUUGUAUAAUUGGGAUUUUAAACAUAUCUGUCAAAAAGGAGUAGUAAGUUGCAGGUGAUUCCUUCUGGUGCAAGAUGAUUAUUAGAAAUGACUGACUGGCAACUUCUUUUGCAGGUGUCUCAAGAUUGAUGGAUUUGCUAGAUGAUUCUAGAGAAGUGAUUCGUAACGAUGUAAGUCAUUUAUAUUUUAAAUUUUACAAUGGCACGAUACCAUGUUGGGAAUUUGGGCUGUUCUAUGAUGCAAAGUGACAAUUUAAUAUCCUUUUAGGUUAAAGCUGCACUCUAAGCAUCAAGAUCGUUACAGCUUAAUGUAGUGGUAUUGAUGCCUAGGGGCUCCCCAUGCACUUUCACAAAUGUUAGCCUUACCUUUUAUGCGAAAUAGCAAUGUUUACAUUUGUCAACCAGUGAGCAUUGUAUGAGGAGAAUUAUACCGGCACAGUGCAUUGGUUGCCACACAUGUAAAGUAGAGCCCUCAAUGCUUCUCUUUGGAGGUCAACUGCAAAGCCUGAAUUGAUACAGCAAAUGCAAGCUCUUGGAAUAUGAAUAAUGUAAUAUUUCUGCAAAUACCAUUUUAUGUAUCAUUUAUAGGAUGUUUAAAAAAAGAAAUUGCUCAACUCAAGCCUGGGGAUGUAAUCAGAGCGUUAAGUACAUAUGUAGAAUGCUCAUGUACAGUUCCUUAGUGAGAUAUUCACACCUGAUUAAGAUGUUUUUAGGAACCAGUGGCUGUAUAAAUGAUGUAUACCUUAUACACUGCAUCUAUUGCCUGAAAAUACCCAGAAGUGCAAUAACAAAUUUAUGCACAUUGAUUCAAAAUUUGCUAUGGUUUGAUGUAAUUGAAAUGGUGCUUGACAGGGAGUUUGUUUUUAUUUUAUUAAUACUGCCUUGCAAUACAUCUGUUGUAGUUAAUUCUUUGUAAUUAUUUCUUCUGCAGGGGCUUUUAUUGCUACAGCAAUUGACAAAAAGUAAUGCUGCUAUUCAGAAAAUUGUCGCCUUUGAAAAUGCCUUUGAAAGACUUCUUGACAUAAUAUCAGAAGAAGGGAAUAGUGAUGGAGGUGUGUCUCUCUGCCAUUCCAUGAAUCUAGUUUAGCCCAAAGUGUUCUCAAAACAAGCCGGCAAUUAUAAUUUGGUCUCAAGUCAUUCUCUGCAGAGUAAAAUAUUAGAGCCUUUUAAUGUAUUUUGAUUGUUAAAAACUUAGCAUUUGUAGCUCUUUCUCUAAACUCAUUAAGCACAUACACAAUUUGCUGAACACGCUUACGGUAAAACAGCUUAACUUUCUUAAUCUGCAUGCAGUAGAGUCCUAGAUCUUGCAAUAAAUUUUGCAAACCUGUCAUGUGUUUCUUAGAUUACAUUUCUGACCAUAUACACCUUUUUUUUUGGUGUGACCCAUUAAAAGUUAUUAAUAAAAGGUGCAGAAAUACUUUACUUUUUGUUAGUGCCUAUAGAAGCCAGUUGGUUUCAUAUGCUUUGUAAAUUGAUGGAGGUGACAUGAGCUUACAUCGGCAUGCUAGUAGUUCAUAAAACUCUGAUUAGGUCGUCUUCUUUAGGAAGAAGGCUUCAUGAUAUAGUACGCUCAGCAUUAUCUCAACAAUAUGUAAACAUUUGUUUGUUUUUUGAGAAACGAGGUAGAAUAAUAAUGAUAAAAACUUGCAGGCAGUAUUUUGGUUUGAUAAUGAGUUUUACACAAAAAAUAUGACAAUCCUGCUUUAACGGUAAAACUAUGGUUGAGUAUUUUUUUUUUUUUUUUUUUUCUGUAUGGUUUGAUAAAAGGCAUACAUGUCAAAAUAGAUUCCCUAUAAGCAAUAAUGUAAAAAGAAGGAUAAAAUAAGCCUUCCGUUUUUAAAGCUUUACAUUUUCAGUGGUAAUUGGGGAUCUCCGACAGAGCAGCAGCUUCCACUUUGAGAGCUUUUUGUUUAACUGUGGAAAUCUCACAUAAGGUAAAAAAAUGGCAUCAAUUGAUGUAUUUUUGAUUGCCUAGGGAGCCAUGUAAGAUAUUCAAUGCUAAAUGAGGGCUUGUUGGAUGAAGGAUGCUUCUACUCUGCUGGAGAUAUAUAAUUAAAGCAGACAAAGUAAGCAAAAGAACUAAUGGCUGCUGGUUUUGCUUUAACAUAUUUUUUGUGUAUGUAUGUGUCAUACAUGCAUACAUACAAGCAAUAAUGAAAUAAGCCUUACACUAUUGCCCAACUCUUAUUUCCAUACCGGGCUAGAUAGUGGCCUCCAAAUACAAUACAGCAAAGAUGUAUGUUUCCACUCACAACAAAUCUUUAUUCCUUCACUUGGAAGUUUCUGUAGUAUUGUACAAAGUUGUCUAACAGAUGUUGACAUUCCAGUCCCAACUCUUUCCUCAGGACAAGCAGUAAACUUUUUGAUACUUUAAAACAGUGUUUAUAAGCAAAGCACAUGAGACAAGGAGGACUAAACUUACACCCUGUGCAGCUGUAUGCAAUAGAUGAGGCCUAGUUUGAUGGAGGAGAUAUAUAAUUAAGGCAGAAAAAGUAAACAAUAAAGCUAAGGGCAGCUGAUUUACUUUAACAUAUUUUCCUUUUGUCUUCGUGGUUGUUUUAUCUUACCUUUGACUAUAGCAUAUAGAUAGAUAGAUAGAUAGAUGUGUGUAUGCAUGUAUAUAUGUGUGUAUAAUAUUUAAAUAUAUAUAUAUAUAUAUAUAUAUAAGUAAAAACCAAAGAAAAACAAGUUACCUGCGCUCUCUCCUUAAUCCCUAUGUAUUUUUAAACCAAUGGAGGUUUUUUAGUUACCUCCAAUGGCCAUGAGAGGAUGAGCCCACCUGCCAAUGCCAAAGCAGACCCCCCCCCAGAUGUGCCCUAACUCUAACUAUUCACCUUGCUUCUUUGAGCUUCUGGCAAAAAUCUGAUGGCCAUUGGAGGUAACUAAAAAAAACUCCAUUUGUUUAAAAAUACAUAGGGAUUAAGGAGAGAGCGCAGUUAACUUGCUUUUCUUUGGUUUUUACUAUAUAUUGUGGCUGAUAUAUAAAAAAUAUAAAAUAUAUAGAAACUGGCUUGCACUCACGGUUUCUUUGAAGUUAAAAUGAUUUCUUUAUUGCCAAUUCAAAAAAAUUCUGAUCGACUAUAUAUAUAUAUAUAGUGUGUGUGUUUUUUUUGUAAUUUUUUUUUUUAAUAGAUUUAUGAGAGUACCUUUAUGAAAUAAUUUUGUUUUUCAUUAUUACACUGAUCUAUGCCCAACCAGGGCGGUGCUAUGCCUUGCUAAAACCUACCGGUAUAUAACAAUCUGUAUAGACUUUGCCCAGAUAUCCCUUGUUUAUAUUAUAUCACCUUCCUGUUAGCUGUAUUUGAUCAGCUGUGUAAAAAUGCUAACCUGAGCUCUGCACUUUUUGUUUGUGUUCUCCCUGUUUUCUUCUCAUUCACUGAUAAAAAUAGUUUAUAACAUGGUUUACAAGGGUUUAUAUUAGUUUCAGGUGUAUUGUAGAUGAGUGAUUUCUAAACUAGAUCCGUCGAACACAAGUAAAAUGAACCUUUAUUUCUUUCUCUGGCACUUAUUACAUCCAAAAAAAUAAAGACACAAACAGAUUUAACAAUUACAGUAAAUAGUUAUUCUAUCUCAUUUCUGUACCAGUCACAGGUGAGGUCCAUGUAAAUGUGUUUCAGUCACAUACUUUGUAUCAUGCCAACGUGAUCAGAAAUGUCGUUUGCAGGACUCCUCUCUUUGGACUAAAAUGUUGCAUGGCUUCUUUUUUCUAUUCAAUAUUUAGUACAUUGAAUGGUUAUAUUCCUAUGUAGGCAUUUAGGUAUAGUAACAAUUGAGAAAGACUUGAUUGACAAGAUUGUUUAAUUGUUGGUGAAGAAUGGGGGGAAAAAAGAAACUAAAAAAAAAAAAAAGUGAUAAGACGUUUGUGUCCUUUUAAAAUACAUCAGUGGAAUUCAUUUUUGAACUAUUUUGUAACCCUCUCCUUGAUGUCAAAUCUUAAAGUAUUCAAUCACUAAAAUAAAAACAUGAUCAAUUUUAUCUACCAUUUUUCAAACUUUCAACAUUAUAUUCAUUUCAGUUCCCUUUGUAUUAUUCUAGGUAUUGUAGUAGAGGAUUGUCUGUUGUUACUUCAAAACCUUCUGAAAUAUAACAACUCCAAUCAGAACUUUUUCAAAGAAGGCUCAUAUAUCCAACGCAUGAAACCAUGGUUUGAAGUUGGAGAUGACAACUCAGGAUGGUCUGCUCAAAAAGUGACAAAUCUUCAUUUGAUGUUGCAGGUAUGUAUUUCUAUAUUUUUACAGCAAGGAUCUAUCAUCACAGCACUCGUUAGAACCACAAUAUUGCCAGACUGAUGCCACCUGUGUGGGAAAAAUAGAGCCGUUUUGUUGCAUUCUAGCUCUGAAUAUUGUGAUGGAUUUUGAAGAACAUUCCUCUGUUGGUCUAAGGUAUAUUGUAUGCUGGAAUCUAGUAGUGGAAAUAAAUAACCACAUUCUCUUUAUUUAUUUAUUAUUACCAUUUAUAUAGCGCCAACAGAUUCCGUAGCGCUUUACAAUAUUAUGAGAGGGGGAAUUUAACUAUAAAUAGGACAAUUACAAGAAAACUUACAGGAACGAUAGGUUGAGGAGGACCCUGCUCAAACAAGCUUACCGUCUAUAGGAGGUGGGGUAUAAAUCACAUUAGGACAGGAAAUAGCAAUCAAAUAAGGUGGGAGUGAAGCAGAGCUUGAGGAGAGAGUAGAGUUACUGCCCUUUAGAAUAGACAGGUAUGUAAGGUAUAGGUUACUCUGGGAGGCCACAAGCUUUACAAAAGAUAUGGGUUUUAGGGCACUUCUUAAAGGAUUGAAGACUAUGGGAGAGUCUGAUGGUGGUAGGCAGGCUAUUUCAUACUACUUUUGCUCACAUUCUUUCCUUUUUGUUAUUUCUUGUCCCCUCUCAGUUUUCUCUUAAUUUUUGUUUCUGCUCCUUUAAUUUGUGCAUCAGCCCCUCCAUCCAUUUUAUAUUCUUGUCCUACCAUGUAAAGCAUACGUUUCCCCUCUCAGCUUUCUCAACCCCUCAAUAUCUCAAUAAUCUCUCUAUAUAUGCACUCACUCCACAGUUCUGUUCAUUUUUUCCUCGAUACCUAAAGCCCGUUGAACUACCUCUUCUCACAAACGCUCAGUACUUGACUAUUAUAAUAUAUAUUCAUCUUUUCCAUAUCUUUAAACUUCUUGUCUGUAAUCUUGUCCUUGCUCCAUUCUUAUCACUGUCAUCCUAACACCAUUAGUUUAAUAUUCCAUUUAAAUUUUCUGACCCUUUUGCCUCUAUGCUGCAGGAGCUCCUCCUAAUUCUACUGUUAGUGUACAUUUUUUACUCCACCAAUACUGCCUGUUACACUCAUAUUCUUUUCCCUCCCCUCAAGAACAACUCCAAGACCCCAUUUCCCCCACACAUUCUUCAUAGUCCUGUAUCUUGCAAUAUUAUUAAUGCAAUUAUAUCUGCAGAACUGGGCUGACUGAGAGAUUGCCAUCCCAGCGCUGCAGAUAUAAUUGCAUUGGAUUGCUAUACUACACACUGAUACACACAAUGACUCUUAGUGAGAAUUACUUUCAUCUGGUAUAUGCAUAUGUAAUAUUAGUGUAUAUACAUGUCUCAAGCUUUUUCACUCCCUGACAGCUCUUGUUAAUUAUGUCCUUCUUCCCUUAUUUUUAUACCUGGAAUAGUAUUUGUGAGAGAGAAACUAUUUUUUUGUUGUUUCACCCUAUGCAUAUGCAUAAUUCAUUACAGCAGCUGUAAAUCUUAGUUGUUACCUUGAAGUGUGAUUUCCAUCAUUCUCAGACAGCCCAAAACAUAGAGUUGGUCUAUUUUAACUUGAAACAAUGUACAUGUAUUUUUGCUCUAUUUCAGGGUUAUUCACUAAAAUAAGAUUUAACAGUAAUUAAAAGUGAAUUUCAAAUGAAGGCCAAAAUAGCUAAAUUAGAAAAAUAAAACCUCCAAGGCAAUUCUGUUUUUAUUUUAGUGAAUUUAACAUUUUAGCUUUACAUUUUAAAUUCACUUUGCAUUCUCAGCAAUUCUAACUUUAGCAAAUAACCCUGUUUGUUUAAAAUAACAUAUAGUGGUCCAGGCACUCAAACUGAUAGCAAACAGCAGCGUGUUCUGCUCCAAUAAAUCUGCUGUUUGUUAUCAAUUUGGGUGCCUGGAUCACUACUUUAUUCUAUACACUUUAUGUGGGGCCUGGCAUUCCCCGGAACCGGUGCACCUUGGUAGCCUGGUGAUUGUGGUAUGCUUCUUAUCUACCUGUUUAAAAUAACAUGGCAUACAACAUAAAUCCUAGAAAAGACUGAUGUGUAGUUGUGCUUCCUUUUUCUUUCAGCUUGUCAGAGUGCUGGUAUCUCCCAUAAAUCCUCCGGGUGCCACCAGUAGCUGUCAGAAAUCAAUGUUCCAGUGUGGCCUGUUACAGCAGCUCUGCAUAAUCUUGAUGGCAACUGGGGUUCCUGCUGACAUCUUGACAGAGGUAAGUAGAUUCUCUUCCUAUGUAUAUAUAAAAUUAUGAUACUGAGUUAAAUUGUGCAGAAGAAUAAACGACCCGUUGUGCAUUUCAUUGCACUGCAGAGCACAAGCCGUGCAAUGAAAUGCAGCACAAGUCUUUUUUAAUAAAGCCCAACUGAAAUCUCCCUUUUAUUCUGACUGAUCUACUAUAUGUCUACAUUUAUUCUAACUGGAAUCUGUUUAUUUACUUGCUAUCCAUCUUCCAUGGAUUCUUUAAACGGUUACUUUAUUUCUGCUUUUAGAAGUGGUCAUUGUGCAAGUAUACUUUAUGUGCUGGAAACGUUGCACGUACAGCAUAAUCUGCACUUUAGUGCCAGGGUCUAGUUGCAACCACGGUACACAGUAACCUCAUUCUUCCUCUGAAUGUUCCUGCCGUUCAUCAUUGAUUCUCUAUGAGAAGCAUUUGAUUGGACUGCAACUUGGAAGACUAUGACGUAGUGUUGACGACUAAGUAGGUUUGGAAACAAUCUGGGACCCAACACUGGAUUGUUCAGGUACAAAACAAGGGAAUCCAGGAACAUGUCAGCACUAAAGUAUUUCAAGCAAUUUUAAUAAAAAUGGACAAUAAAGCUUCAGUAACCCUUUAAAUGUUACAUUAUGCGCUCUAUAUGCGCCCUGACCAAAAUGUAGGGGUUGAGUGAUCUACGAAGUAAUCUUCUGUUAUGGUUCUGCUGAACUGGCAAAUUUUGGAAUCUCACUGUCAAAAUCUUACUGAUAUGAUAUUUACUGGAAACUGCUAAGUUCCUUUGAUUUUUGUGUUUUCAACAGACCAUAAACACAGUUUCUGAAGUCAUCCGAGGCAGCCAAGUUAAUCAAGAUUAUUUUGCUUCUGUAAAUGCUCCAUCAAAUCCUCCAAGGUAAUAACUGUAUGUAUGUUUGUGUUGUUCAUAGGCAAUUAUACAAUUUAAAGGUAACAAUUUUUAUUUUUAAAAACAUUUCUCCUCUUUUACAGUACAGUAUUUGUUAAACAAAUCAAAUUUCAGCUAGCCAGUUACAUUUUGCCUGUUAUUGAAUACACAAUGUCUGCUUAUGUCAUGAUAUGUAACUAAUUAUUAGCUUUUCUUUUUUUUUUUUUGCAUUAUUUUGACCCCUUAGUGCUUUGCUGUAUUGCUAAGAUAUUUAGCACCCCACUAUACUCUGGGUACACUUCUUAGUGUUUGGGUAGCAGAGUUUAUGUGAUGAUUGAAAAUGGAUCAAUACUUAGUAGCUUGCCCAUUGUUAUUUCCUCUCAGGUCUCAAACAAAAUGUAGUUCACUUGUACCAUUACAUAGAGAGUUCCUUCCGAAAUGCCAUACCCAUGCAUUUACUUUGGUUGUUAAAUUGCUUCCAUAACAGCGUGGCAUAAGGUGUAAAUUAUACAACAAAAUCCAUUUGCCAUUUGCUUUUAGUAUGCAAAACCCUGCACAAAAACCCUGGAUGUGACCGGCUGGGAACACUUAAAAAAAAAAAAGUUACUCCAACUCAAAAGCAGGGUUUUAAGAAAACACUGUUUUUGGUCAGAGUAAACCUUCCUACAUGUCGUCUUUCCAUAAUCCUCCUACCCCCCGGCCUAAUCUUCCACCGUUGACAUCAGUCCUAUAUGUUACUUAAUCUCUGAAGGAAAUGCAAAAAGUUGUUUUAGAUCACUUAUUCAGCAUCGGGGAUGUGGAAUUCUUAUUGCCUGACACUGGCUGGAAGUCCUCACCCCUUUUAGCUGGGCAAGCAGCAGGACUGCCGCGAUGCUGGGCCGGGGAGCGUGUGGUUUGAACCUCUAUCGGGCUCAAAACAAAGUAAUCGCUGACUCAGUGUUGCACUCACUAAUGAGCACUGGACCAUGAAUGAACAAUUAUAUGUGCUGCAGCCCACAGGCUCCCUCACAUGGCACUCCGGGCUGCUCUACCUUCCAUGCGGGCUGUCUUCCUUCUCCUGUCAGCUCGGGGGCAUAAUGCACAGGAGCAUUCUUAUCUGCUCGCUACUGAGCUUCCUGCUUCCCUCCGUGUCCUAGUGCUCACUCCCCUGGUUCUACUGCUCAAAAAGCCCUCAUGCUGUAAUAUUUUAACCCCUGCUGGUCCACCAGAAAUUGUAUACCGUUGCUGGACCACCAGGGACUUUUUCUAACCCCUGGUGCUGGACCACCAGGGACUUUUUCUAUCCCCUGGUGCUGGACCACCAGGGACUUUUUCUAUCCCCUGGUGCUGGACCACCAGGGACUUUUUCUAUCACCUGCUGGACCACCAGGAAAAAAUUUUUUAUCCUCUGCUGGAUUUGUUUAACCCUUGAUGGACCACCAGGGUUCAUAAUCCCUACCUGCACUGUAGGUAAGCAGAGAGAGGGGGCAAAACACAGAGCACCCUUGCACACAUGCCUACACACAGCCAGAACAUACCAUACACGCAUUAUACACAGCACACAAACAUACUGAACACAGCCAGCAUGUACAUACGGACACCAGGCAUACUACACGUUGCCAGCACACUAUGAGUAAGGACAGAGGGAGAGACACUCUUGGUAGGGACCUUAGUAUUUCUAAUUAAAAUUAUUUUGUGGGUCGGGAUAAGUAGCUUGUCAUUAGGGACAAGUGAAUUGGACUACUACUUUAGUCCCAUGGACAAGUAGAUUUAGUUUUUUUAAUUUCCACACCCCUUUCAGUAUGUAAUUUGUCAGCAAAGGGAGCUGAAGAGUCAAUGAGCUUUUUUUUUUUUUUUCAUUUAUUUUACUUUUUUCAGUAAGAUGUGAAAUAACUCAACACUGUUAAAAGAUUAUUGGAGCUUGAGCUCCCUCUGCUGACAAAAAACAAAACAAAAACAUUGACUAAUUGAUAUAAAACAUUACUUGAGCUUCCUUCAGAGAUUAAGAAACAUAUAGGACAGUAUAUACACAUUUUAAAUUCAACAUACAUAGUUUUAUUUUCUUAAAAUGUUAUCAUUCCCACUUGCGGGAUUCUAUUUACAUGAAUACACUUUUAGUUGAGUCCAUUACUUUCUGUGGGAAUAAAUCAGUCAGUUUUAGACCCUUUUUUGAAGAACAGAGUAACUGUUUCACUUACAGACUCCAGUCUCAAAUAACUGAAGCAGUUGUAGUGUUUGAGUAAUCCCUUAAGCAGUGUCAAUUAUUGCUAAUGUAUUACAAUAGGAAUGCCUGGAAAACUAUUCUAAAUUAGCCAUCACACAUUAGUGAUUCACUGCUCAUAUAGUGUAUCUGUGAAAUUCUAGCAGCAAACCUGAUUCAACUGAGCAAUGUAUUGAUGACCUGUUACAUUCCAAUACCUGUUCAUUGGGUGUGUGCACAUAUCCAAGAUCUGAUCAUAAAUGCUGUAGUGUAGUCUAAUUUAUUUUGCACUGUUUUUUUCUUACUGUCCUAUUUGCUACAUCUCAUUAGCUACAUAAACUCUAUAAAUAAAUCCUACUUUUAUUACAGCAAUUAAACAAAUAUCAUCUACUAAUCCUGUGCAAGAAUGCACAUUUGCUUUUUGUAGAAAACAAACAAACAAACAAAAAAAAUGCCUCACCGUUCAUAAUUUGUGCUUUUUAUUCCUGUGUACUUUUUUUAUGAAGGCCUGCAAUUGUAGUGCUUUUGAUGUCCAUGGUGAAUGAAAGGCAGCCGUUUGUCUUAAGAUGUGCUGUUCUGUACUGCUUCCAGUGCUUCCUGUACAAGAAUCAGAAAGGACAAGGAGAAAUUGUGUCAACAUUGCUUCCCUCAACUAUUGAUGGUAAUGUUUUACAAUCCUUUAAACAGUUGUCUUAUUUCCACACUCAUUAUUCACUAGCAGGGUUAUUCAUAAAUUGUCAGGAAUUCAAAGUAGAGUUAAAUAUUAGCUUGAAAAUAUAGCUCACUUGGAGAACGUUCAGAUUUUUUACUAUUGCUGCCUAAAAUGUGAAAUUUACAUUGUAGGUAUUUAUUAUAUCGUCCUUUAUGGCCAUUAUUAAUACAUUAAAAACCUGUUAAUGCAUGCCAAAUAUGUUGUUGAUAUGUAUGAAUUUAGCAAUUCCUAAAUAUUGUACUUUGCCUGAGUGCUUUGUACCAAGAAUAAGUGGUAAUACUGUUUUAGGGUUCAGGGGAAAUGAGGCUGUAAAUAAUUCCUAUAAUCAUUACUGGUAGAUAGAACCAAGUUAUAUUAUUAAGUUAUCACAUGACACGUGGAACUGCAUAAUCAAUUAGAAACGGAGUUGGUGAACUUGUAUUUGAGGUGCUAGUAAAUGGUCAGUACGAUGGUUACAAUGUGGAGCAGGGAAUUAUGAUGUGCUCAGCUGAUGUGGACAAAGAGAGACCAGUAAAGGAAUUGAGUUGGUUUUAAAGGGGGUUGCUUCUAAGAGGUGUGUGUUUUUUUUGUUUGUUUUUAAGACAGUGUAGAGUUUCUGCAGCACAUAUUGAAUGUUUACUUGUAAGAGUACUCAUUUUCUUGGCAUUCAGCAUGAUGGCCACCACUUUAGACCUUUGUUCAGAAUAGGGAUAUCACCUUGUAUAUAUUGUAAGGCUUUCUGUCCUAUAUUGUAAACUCUCAAAUCGUUCCAUUCUGCUCCAAUGGGGAUAUUGAUAAAACCAGGGACACAAUUGUUAAGGUCUGAUUUGAAACUACUGCCUUAGCACUAAAGCAGCAAACUAAAGACAUUUACUCUGCUUCCAAGAGAAGUCCAUAAAACUUUGGGCAAUUGGUGAAGACUAGUGUUGAGAACAUAUCCAUAAAAAGUUUGGAAAUAAUGAGAAAUCGCUGUUUAUUUAAAUUGUCACUUACAUUUUCCAUUCCUUUCUUUAGCCACUUCGUUAUCAGCUGGACAGUUGCUAUGUGGAGGACUCUUUUCUACAGACUCUCUUUCCAACUGGUGUGCAGCAGUGGCUCUCGCUCACGCUUUGCUAGAAAACUCAACUCAGAAAGAACAAUUGCUCAGAGUGCAACUUGCCACAAGUAUUGGUAACCCACCAGUUUCCUUACUGCAGCAGUGCACCAACAUUCUUUCACAGGUAAUAUAUCUAGAGGCUGGGUGACGCAAAGAUGUACGAUAAUCUUAAAUAACGCAAACUAUUGUCCUUCAAACUCAAAAGUGUGCUGUCCAAGUUUCUAAAAUGGCUAGCUGGAAAUUAUCUUUAAAACAAAUAGGAAUCAUAUAGCUACUUACUUGGUGGCUCUUCAAGAGUUAGAUGCUGUUGAUGUACUAGAAACAUGAUCUUCUUUUGCAGAAAUUUUGUAAAUAUCUUUCCUGUAACCACUAUUAAAAGAUAUUCACCACAUCUCUGUAAAAGAAGAUAGUUUUGCCGCCGUAAAAGGCACAGAAGCUUACAUAUUUAGCCCAUUCAUAGAAAAGGCUCAUCCAAAUGUGAGUGUUCACUACUCACCUUCUUUAUGUACAGUGCUUCGGUAUUUGUUGCCGCUUUAUAAAUAAUAAUAAUAAUAAUCUACAGCCAUUAUAUACAGUAUUGCACUAUUAUUUGUUUUUAUCUUUAUGUGUUUAUAUGCUGCCCCUAAAGGAGUAAGUUGUCCUUGUAGGAUCUAGCACUUCUGUGUGUUUUUGGUGAGGUUUACAAGUUUUGUAACUUGGAGACAUUGUACAUUGUCCAUAUGAUUUAUGGAUAUUGAUGCACUGCCCCCAUAAAUAAGCAAUCUUUCAGUAUACAUCUUUUAUUUAUUAUCACAAUGCAUUGUAUCACUCUAUAUUUGUGAGUUUCUUUCAGAGGAGAUUUGUAAAACCUACUAAAUUGUUAAAGUAUUACACUUUGAUUUUUUUCCUUAAUAAAAAGAGUGUAUAAUAAUUAUGUAAGCAUAUUUGUUUAGCGCACUAAUUAUAGAUUUUUUUUUUAAUUAGUGUUUUGGGUGAUGUAACUCUCAUUGGUUGCUGCUUUAUAUUUUUUCACACACUGAUAUACAUGUAGAUAUUAGUGUCACCCUUUUUUAGUUUUUUAUGCUUUUUAAAUAAGUGAUGUCUGGGUUUACAUCUGUUUUACGCCAGCUUUAUUUUCUUUGCAUUUACAUUAGGAGGUAAAGCUAAGAUGCAGUAAUUGGCUUGUUGACUCUGAUCUAUAUUUCAGGCUCAUUCAAGCACGGCCCUCUACAUCUCUUAUUUAUGUUUCAUUUGUUUCCCAAUUUUAUUUUCAUACCCCCACUUUAAAAUUGUUAGUCAUGUCAGAACAUAUUGUUGCUUUAUAAAUAACAUUAAAAAAAUAAUUAUAGAACAUCUUCUAUCAACACUGAUGGCUGACAUAAACAUUUGAUCGGAAGAGCAAUGUGCCAUGUUCCUCAUUAUGCUUUUUGGCCACAGGGGACCUAAAAGCUCAUCAAUGCAAUGGUUGUACAGGAAUGGAUGAACAAUUUACCAGUUAUUAACAGUUAUUACAUUUAUAAUAUAUAAUUUGCAGGGGGAUAAGAUCAACAGACGGGUAUGUAUACAUUGGCACAACUUCCCGCCACUGCUGGUCCUGUUUAUUUUUUGCUUCUGUUGAUGUGGGUCUUUGUUAAAUAACGGCUUUGAAGUGAUUCUACUCACACAUGUUACUUUGCUGCGGUGGUGAACCCUUUCUCUUUAUUAAGCAGUACCUUUCUGACCCUUACAUCCCUCUCAUCUCUCCUUUCCUUCCAUGGUGUCAUCUCUUGGGCCUGUUGCCUGAAACUUAGCCCUCUGCAACUUCAUAAGUAGUAGUAGUGUUAACAAAAAUUACUCUCUGGUACAACAAUAUAGUGAAAAAUCAUUGUGUCUCCUGUCACAAUGUUUAUUUGAGUCUUCGAGUAUAGAAAGUCCUAAAGUUCCAUCUCCUCUGCUUAUGAAUAAAGUGCCUACUCAUUUAACAGACCCCAGGGAGCAGGGCUUCAUCACUGGUGCUUGUUGCUUCUCGGGAGCAGCAUGACAAUUCUUUGUCUCCUCAAACAGGUCUUUGUUCCAAAUUUAUUUAGUAAUGGUUUAUAUUUCAUGUGUAAAACCUUGCUUUUUCUGGUUUAAAGAUGCAUUCUAAGUCAAAUAGGUUUAUGGCAUUUAUAUCUAAUUUCAAAGAGCAUGAUUUUAUUUGAUUUUAUUUUUGUCAAAUGUUGCAAAACAUUACCACAUUCAGUAAAUGGUCUUAACAUGUACAUUUAACUAAUCGAACUGCAUCUUUAAAUUAGCCAUCACUUCACUAGUUUUAUGGUUUAAUUUAUAAAAAAAAUGAUUUCAUUGGCUAUUACUCAAGUCUUCUCCUUGUCUUAAACAUUCCUGCUCGUCUUUAAAUUCCGUCUUCAUCACUAUCCCCCUUCCAGUGUUACCUGUGUCUUCAGCUCCUUUGUUUAUUUCUACUAUUCUUUACUCCCUUGUGAUGUUUUCCUUUUUUCUGUCUAUGAUGUUUAAUAUUUCUUGUUUAUUUCCUAUUCAUUCCCCAUUUUUGUAUGUUCCUAUUUGUAAAUCCCAUGUUACCUGUAACUUUGCUCAUUCAAGUGUUCAUUUAAUAGCUCUUUCCUGUAGGGACUUCCACUCUCAUUCUUCCACUCCAUUUGGUCUGUUGGUGUAAGCAAGGUGCCCCUUCAUUUUCCCUUUGCCUUUAUGUUUGGUUUUGCAUAUUUCCGUAAGACCAGAAGUAGGCUGGAACAAUUCUGGAAUACCUCCACAAAAUCAUCUCAAGCUUUGUCAAGUUUUAGAAUACGUUAAUUUAUAUAAAAUAAUUUCACAAAUGUUUCCUUGCCUAGUUUUAGUAACUAGACUAUGCAGCUCAGAAUUAGAUUGCAAGUUACCGUAACAACUUGACUGGUUAGUUGCUUGGCCUGUUUGUGGUUAAUUGUUUUGAAGUGGUCUUCAAACUACUUCAGAGGUUCUAUAUAAUUAUAUAUAAUUAUAGUGUGUAUAUUUAUCUCUAUAUCUCUCUCUAUAUAGAUAUAUAUACAUAUAUUGCACAUCUACUACAUCUUUUGAAUACAGAAUGAACCCCUUUACAUACCCUUGUCAAGUUUUUAUGAAAAUGCAGGACUGAACUAUUUUAUUUUUUUUUUUAAUUGAAGAUUAGUCUAUGGUGCAUUUUAAGGCCUUUUAGUAGCUAACUCUCACAUUAUAUAUUUUGAGAUUUAUUGAGGUGCCAUUUUUUUUUUUUUUUUUACUUUAAAGUUUGUGGAGUUAUCUUUUAUUUUAUGUACACAUGGUAUUUUUGCUGCUUAGUUUUCAAAUGAGAUAUAAAGUAUUUAAAAUUCCGUAAAUUGUACUCGGGAACUUCUCCCGAGCAGACCAAUACCCCUAUAUACCUUUAACCUUUACAACGUAUCAACCCUAACCCUAGCAGUAGUGUUAGAGUAAUAACCUCUGCUGAUUUCGGCAGGGGUGGGGUUUCCUUGUUGUUGAUUUCAGCAAGGGGGUGGGGGGUUCCUUUGCUUUUUUUCAGCAGGAAAUAGGUUUUCUUGCUGAUUUCAGCAAAUGGUGGGGUUCCCUUGCUGAUUUCAGCAUGGGGGGUUCCCUUGCUUUUUUCAGCAGGGCAGGGGGGUUCCCUUGCUUUUUUAAGCAGGAAAUAGGAGGUUUUCUUGCUGAUUUCAGCAAAUGGUGGGGGUUCCCUUGCUGAUUUCAGCAUGGGGGGAUUUUAAAGAUAUAAAUCGCAUAACCCAUACCUAACUAACUUUGCUAACAGCUUAUGCAAAAAUCAAAAAUAUCACUUGGGACAGGUCCUCUUUAACCUUCUGUAACAUUACAAGAUACAAUUUUCAUGUAUAUCAUAAAAUAUUUUCUAUGUUUGAAUCUGCAUGUAAGCAUAACACCAUAUGCGGCAGAUCCUUGCUCUCGACUUUACAUCCUCAUACUUAAUUUUUUUCUUUUUUAUUGCUUGUAUUUAUUUUCCUAAUAGUGAUUUAAAUUAGCAUUUUUCAUAGCAAAUAUAUUCCUUGUUUGAGAGUGAUGGGAAAGCCCAAAAUAUGAUCCCUUAUAUCUGAUUUCAAGUAAAAAAAAAAAAGAAAAUUAAAUGAUGAUCAGCAAUUAUAAAUAUUUUGGAGAAAUUGUGUGUUGAAUAUUAUAAUGUUGGUUUGUUGCACGAGUUCAGAUGGCAUGUGUUCUGCGUUGAUCUUCUAGGCAUGUGCUGUGAGAUGUGUGUCAGAAUGCGUUAACAGCUAACUUCUUGGGGAUCCAUAACUUUGCUAUCUCUUUUUUAAGGUUUUAUUCUGGAUUAUGAAUGCAAGAUUCGUGUGAAUUGUGUGUUACUUUGUUGUGUGAUUGCUUAGGUUAUGUAGGUUAUAUACAUUGGACUUACUGACUGGUAGCUCUAAAACUGGCAUGCUAAUAAUGAUAGUAACACAUUUCAUAGUGGAAAGCACAAGACCACAACACUAAUCUGCAGAUCAGGUCCAAAAGCCUCUUCCACAGGCACAUUCAUGGCAGACAGCAGAGAAAAUUCUAAAGCACCCAUUUGAUGUUUUUUGUUAAUUUUUGCCUGACAGGAUAUGUUGUUCUGUGUGUAAUAAAAUGGUUUGCUGUGAUCUAAACAAACGUAGGCAAAAUGUCUACAACAUUGAAACGUGUCCCGCAGUGUUAUAUCCUUUUGGGUGAGUUUGGGGUUUUCAUUUGUUUAUGAGUAUACUUUCAGGCGUAUUUACUAAAGUGAGAAUUGUUAGGAAUUCAAAAUGAUUUUUAUAAAUUUGAAAGGAUACCUUUAAUGACAUAUACAAAUUAAUCUUACAGGAUGGAGAAUCAUAUUUCAUCUGCACAUUGUGUUAGCAGAAUUGCUAGCAAAUGUCUAGAAUUCGCUAAAAUCAGAGUUGAUAAAACAGCCCUUUAACCCCCCCCCUCUAAGUCCAUUAAGUUUAUGCCGAACCUGCAUCAAUCAGCACAGGGAUAAGAAGACUGCGCUCUGCAUGUCUGUUAACGGGGAAUCCCAUUUCUCCUGCUGUAAACCUAUGUCUGCCAUGACCGGUUUGUCCAAAAGUCCUUUAAAUCCAAAAUAGCUGAAGUGGAAAAUGUGAGCUACUAAAAUCUAAAAUUUUAAAAUUUUCUUUGAAUUCCUGACAAUUCCAACUUUACUGAACAAUGAUGUUAAUCAAAAACUUAUCAGCUAGGAAUCCUACUUUUAGUAUAUUAGUAGAGAAGUCUAUUUGAUACGGUUCUUGAAGACUGAGAAGAAAGACGCAUCUUUGAAAAAAAAAUUCAGGUUUCACUAAACGGCACUUACUCGAACACAUAUAGAUAUUUGAACGUGCUUUGACAUAGAGCAUUAACCGAUACCCCAGGUUCCUGACUUCAGACAUGUAACCUCCCCUGAUACUCCAAGGCUUAUUAAUACAAUAGAUAAUUAGACAUGGAACACCUAUCAGGCCGAAUAGCCAUCACUCUGUUCCCCAAUUAGAGCUUGCCAAAAUAGAUAUUACAGCUAAUGCUAAAAUUACAUAGUGUCUGGGAAGGAAUCAAUUUGCUUAUCUACCACAAGAGCAAAUAUCUACUACAUGUAUUAAUUUUCUUGUGUUUUUCCAUACAUUUUAGGGGAGCAAAGUACAGACAAGAGUUGGACUAUUAAUGUUGCUUUGUACCUGGUUGACCAACUGUCCCAUCGCUGUGACACACUUUCUUCACAAUGCAGACAACGUGCCCUUUGUAUCCUUUUACUAUCAACGUGUUCUGUCCAGGAGAUAGAUAUAAGGGAAACGUAAGAAUAAAAAAAUUAACAAUAUGUAAGAACUAAAUGUAGGCAAAAACAGCCAAAAUCUGUCUGUUGCGGAUACUCAAAACAACUAACCCUCAAACCUAUAAAGUACAAGGUUCAAAGUAUAAGGUUCAAAGAAAAAGAAAGGGAGAUAGUGCGUUAAAAUUGAAUUUUUAUUAUUCGUAAAAAUCGGGUACUAUUGCACGUUCAUACAAGCACUCACACUGAUAACAAAAAAUACCCACAGGAGGAAAGAGUCUACCCAUGAUAAAGUAGCUUACGGAGUUUCUUUAGAAGUUAAUAUAAAAGAUUAAAUAAGGUAAUUGGACCUAAACUUGCUUACAUAGCAUACACGGUUCCAAAAACCAACUACAGGUAUUAAGCUCCUUAAUGUGUUAAAUAACCUCCGCAAGGUUAGCUAACCCAUGUGUAGAGGGCUGGAGAGGCAUAAUGACCAGAUAGGGAACAAUCAAAGACCCUUGUAUAUUUUUGACUAACGUUUACAGCCCGCCAAUGUGCCUAUGCAUUGUAAGGUCAUGGUUACUUAUUGUAUUUAUUUAAUUUUUAGUGUUUAUAUACAUACGAAUUUUGUGUUGGAUUGAUAUCAAAACAUCGUAACAGAGCAAAACUUGUUAUGAAACCAAAAGCAUAAAAAGGAAGAUGGGGACUGAUGAGAUAGAAAGGGAUGUUGAAGAUCGGGUGCACAUGUAGGAGAAAAGUGAGAUGGCGAAGGCAGAUCCAGUGUGCUAAGUAGAAAUUUGGUUUACUUCUAAUUUAGCUGUGUCCAGAAUUUCCCAAGCUUGUUUGGAAUUUGGAGAGAUUGUUUAAUAGUUUUUUUUUGUUUUUUUUUAUGGCUUCCAACACCAGUUGGAUGUGAGGUUGAUGAUUUCCAGUGCUUAUUAUAGUAGGAAGCAUUCUAAAUGGAGUAGUGGGUCAAAGCUUGUAACUGCUUGAAUAAAUUUCUAAAUGUAAAGCAGUCCCAAAAUAUGUGAGCAAAACUGUCUGAGUGAGUGUUGCAUCCCCAACAUAUGCUCAAUGUAUUGGGAAGGUAAGGAUGUUUUACCUUUGAAAAUGUUCACUUUUUAUGCAAAAAUAGUAGAAGACAGAGCACAACCCCUCUUGACGAUAAUAUAAGAUAUACACAUGAAGGUAAUGCCAUUUCUUUUUAUAUCCCCAUAGCAUAUUCUUUGGCAUUUUUUCAAUGGUCAUAUAGACAGGUGAAGUGAAUAAUAUUGAUUAUAUCAUUACAAUGGCAUCUGUCAAGUGGUGGGAUGUGUUAGGCAGUAAGUGAACAUUCAGUUCUUGAAUUUCAUGUGUCGGAAGCAGGAAAUGAAAUAUGGGAAAGCAGAAAGUUCUGAGUGACUUGGACAUGGGCCAAAUAGUGAUGGCUAGAUGACUGGUAUCUCCAAAACGGCAAGUCUUGUGGGGAGUUCCUACCAUAAUUAUUGUAAGGACAACAAGUGAAUUGGCGUCAGUCAUGGGUGCCCAAGACGCAUUCAUGCAUGCGGGGAGCAAAGACUAGACCGUCUGGUCUGAUCACACAGUAGAGCUGCUUAAAUUGCUGAAAAACUUAAUGCUGAUCAUGAUAGAAAGUUGUCAGAACACAUAGUGUAUCACAGUUUGCUGCAUAUGGGGCAUAGCCGCCGACCGGUCAGAGGGCCCAUGAUGACCCCUGUCCACUAUCAAAAGUGCCUACAAUGGUGAUGUGAGCGUCAGAACUGAACCUUGUAGGAAGAUGGUUGCCUGGUCUGAUGAAUCAGGUUUUCUUUUUGAUUAGGUGAAUGGCCAGGUGCGUGUGUUUCGUUUACCGUUGUUGGCAGCAGGAGGCACUAUGGGAAGAAGAUAGUUCGGCGGAUGCAGUGUUAUCUUCUGGGCAAUGUUCUGCUGGGAAAGCUUGGAUCCUGGCAUUCAUAUGAAUGGACACAUUCCACCCUUCUACAGAUUGUUGCAUAAGCCUUCAUACUAUGGUGAUUACUGAUAUGAGUGGACUUUUUCAGCAGGAUAACUCAACCAGCUCCAUUGCUAGAAUUUUUCAUGAAUGGUUUGAGGAACAUGACAAAGAGUUCAAGGUGUUACCUUGAACUCCAAAUUCUUGAUUGAGCAUCUGUAGGAUGUGCUGGAACAACUUACCCAAUCCAUAGAGGCCCUUCCUCGCAACUUGCAAAACUUGCUGGUAGUGUCUUGGUGCCAGAUACCACAGAACACAUUCAGAUGUAUUGAGGAAUCCAUGCAUUGAUGCAUCAGAGCUGUUUUGCAAGCACAAGGGGGACCUACACUUUAUUAGGCAGGUGCUUUUAAUGUGGCUGAUCAGUGUACAUCAAGUAGACUUUUACAUUGCAAGCUGACUUAUGACAGGGUUGUAAGAUUGCUUGAUUUGUGCAAGAAAACAAAAUAUGGUUAUCUGUAAACCUAUUACAAUAAAAAGAAACAAAUACCGGUAUAUACACCUCCCCAAUGUGAUCACAACAAAAAAUGAGUAAUAUUACCAAUAUAGAACUCGACUGUAAUGUAAACAGCGUAGAACUUGAUUGGGGUAUAAACUAAAAUAGAAAAAAAUAAAACAACAACAUAGUGCAAACUGUAUGAUGAUAAAUGAGUAAUAGAUAGGUGUAUGACUCUCACUCACAUUCUCCAGAGCCGUUCCAGGCUCUGUAAGACAGGCUCAGGGGUGCCAAUAACUGGCUAACGAUCCAGGUGAUCCAAAUAGAUGAGACUCCAAAAAUUAAAUGCAAAAUAUAUUUAUUGAAUAAAAAUAUAUAAAAGUGUAUACACUACUGGGCGCUAUGGGGGUGGAACCCAAUCUUCUGCAUUUGUUAUUUGCUAUUUUAUGUGUAUUUUUGACACUCUGGGCUACUAUACAGAUAGGGGUAAGUGGAAUUCCAAUUUUGCUUUAUAUAUAUCAUUGUCUGUUUUGGGUUCCACCCCCAUAGCGCCCAGUAGUGUAUACACUUUUAUAUAUUUUUAUUCAAUAAAUAUAUUUUGCAUUUAAUUUUUGGAGUCUCAUCUAUUUGGAUCACCUGGAUCGUUAGCCAGUUAUUGGCACCCCUGAGCCUGUCUUACAGAGCCUGGCACGGCUCUGGAGAAUGUGAGUGAGAGUCAUACACUUAUCUAUUACUCAUUUAUCAUCAUACAGUUUGCACUAUGUUGUUGUUUUAUUUUUUUCUAUUUUAGUUUAUACCCCAAUCAAGUUCUACGCUGUUUACAUUACAGUUGAGUUCUAUAUUGGUAAUAUUACUCAUUUUUUGUUGUGAUCACAUUGGGGAGGUGUAUAUACUGGUAUUUGUUUCUUUUUAUUGUAUUAUGUAAAUCUGGUGCACAAGGGAAGCACUAGGGUACCGGUUACACCAUUUAUUGUAUAUUUUCACCAUAUACAGAACUGUCACAAUUUCAGUGAAGCGCCUACGCACUAUCUCUUUUUCUGUUAUCUGUAAACCUAUACACUUAUUUUGUAAAGCUGAAUAAUUCCUGGAAGAAGUCUGUAUUUUAUACAUACUUGGAUCUUGCUAUGUAAAACAAAAGUUGAAUUAAAGUAUAAAAACGCAUUUCUAUCUGACUCAACAGCUUGCUUCCUUAGUGACUACUUCAGCUUACAGGACAGAUUUCUGAAAAUUUGGGAGAAGAAGAACAGCUUGUUCAAGGUCUCUGCGCAUUGCUGCUGGGCAUCUGCAUUUACUACAAUGAUAAUUCACUUGAAAACACAACCAGGUAAGAUGUUUGGGGAUACAAGUGUGUAAUGUUUUAUAGACUUUAAUGCACAAAAGAAAGUGGAAGGAAACUAGACGGCCACCAACCUCUAGAUUGGAGUGUGAGUGGUUCAAAUUUGAACACCUACCCCGAAUGGGAACACAGGAGCCUCUAAUGAAAAUUGGAAAAGAAAAAAACUAUAUAGUGUAAAAACAUCUAACACUAUAGUAGUAAUAAGGUGUUAACUGGUCAUACUCACAUACCACCCGUUAUCGGGAGAAACAAGGUUUGAGGAUUUAUUAAUUUGGACCUAAUUGUCAGCACUUUGCUUAUAUGGUUUUAACAAGUUAUAUUUAAUAUUUUUUGCUGUCCAUUAAGCUAUACCAAACCAUCUGCUUCAUAGAAGAGAUGUGUCCCCUUAUAGGCUCUUGGCAUUAACACCUAGAGCUAGGUCUUGUGUGCUCUAGCCAAGGUGAGCAGUUCUUUAUUGGUUAUAUGAUCUGCAGUGUAUGCUUGGAUAUACUUCUCUAGGAGCUUGUACCUCCCUCUUCUCUGCUUUUCUUUGAGACUACUAUCCAGAGAAUCAGAACAACUAGGGAAUUGAGUCACCUGAGUACACCACGGCACAUAUGAUUUAAGCCUGUCUUUUUGAGGCUCAUAUCCAUAUGAGUUUUACCAGUUACACCUUAUUCCUACUAUAGUGUUAGAUUUUUUUUUACACGUUAUAGUCUUUUCUUUCCCAGUUUUCAUUAGAGGCUCCUGUGUUCCCAUUUAGGGUAGGUGUUCAUAUUAGAACACUCACACUCCACUCUAGAGGUUGGUGGCUGUCUAGCUUUCUUCCGCUUUCUUCUGUGCAUGCUUUGAGGUGGGUGAGGGAGAUUCCCACUUGAGCGGAGUAGCGUAAUUAUAUACUGUGAAUUGCCUUUUUUCACGCCGAUCACUUUAUAUUUUUUAUAUAGUCUUUAAUGUCUAUCCUUGCAUUUUUAGUACAAUGUUUGUUUUCUUACUCUGUGUUCACUUUUGCAUUGCACUGCUCUGCUUGUUUCAGUACACUAUAUGAUGAAUUAUUAAGUCUGUAAGCACUUUGUUUAUAUCAGGUGUACUUUUUAUGUACAUUGCUUAGUAAAGCUGGUUGGGGUCGUGCAGUAUUAUGACAUCAAUUCUUACAUUGGAGCAAUCCGCAUGAUUUCCAUGGUGAUUGCUCCAUCUUUAGAAAGUUGCCUUAGACUGUGCUUUUUAUCAUUUGAAGUUUUACUGACAAAAUGAAAUGAAACAUACACAGUAGAAUGCAGUAAAUGUAAACGUGCAAUAAACAGCAUAGCAGUUUGAUAGGUAUAAUACCAGGAAAGAAAAUCAUACAAAAUAUUUGAACAAUGUGACAUAGACCAAAACUCCACUCGGAGAGAACUUAUAAUUUAUGUAGCACCAACAUAUUCCGCAGCUUUACAAUUAUAGUAAAGAGAUCUUGCAGGUAAAGAACACCCUACAGAUCAACUUUUCCAUUAUCUAACCACCCACUGCAGCUGUGAGAAAGGUGUUUUUUUUGUCUUUUUUUUAUUUUUUUUUAGUUAUUAAUAUUAUGUGUUGCUACAAUAUUCACAAACAAAGAGCUAAACUGGUGGAAAAAUCUGUCUUUUCAGAGAAAAAUUGAAACAACUAAUAGAGAAGAGGAUUGGCAAAGAAAAUUUUACAGAAAAACUUGGCUUCAUAACCAAGCACGAAUAUUACUCGAAGGCAGCCCAGAAACCCCAGCCAAUUUUUUCCAGUCCUGACCACAUGAUGUUUGAUCAUGAGUUUACCAAGCUGAUUAAGGAGCUAGAGGGUGAGGCUUUCAUAAUAUUUGAUAAUGAAGUUGCAUGCACACUAAUAUUCCAACAGGGUCACCUUACUGUCGCAUGCAGAGUGCUCUCUUAUAGUAGGGAUUGGCAACUUGUUAACUUUCUUAUUAUCACAAUUGAUGAUACUUACCCAGAGGAUAUUGGAAUUGGUUAUAGAACUAGAAAUCUACCCUAGCAAACGUGUUUAUUUUUCCAUUCAAUCUUUGAAGCCCAGACAGCAUAUCCUUCCCACUCACAUCAUUUAAGGAAGUAGUUUCCUAAUUCAAGUGUAAAAGAACUUUGACAGUGCAAGUGUGCAAACACUAAUAAAGUCGGCGUCUUUCACUUGCUGAAUCUGUGUGUACUCAUAUAGACAGCACUGUUCACUUAUUGGUUCUUAGCAUUCUGUGUUGUACUGCAUGAUCUUUCUGUAUGUGCAGCCUCUAGAUCAUUUAUUUUUUCUUGUAUUAAAAUUACCAAUGCUGCAAAAAAUAUUUGGCCAAUAACUAUCUGAUCAGCAAAAUGUCCAAUUAUUUUUGGUACUCUGUGCAGUAACUAUUUUUAAAAGGACUAAAAUUCUGUUUUGAUUCACAGUUUCAGUGUAAAAGCAUAUACUUAAAGGGACACUAUAGUCUCCAAAACAACUUUAGCUUAAUGAAGCAGCUUUGGUGCCUCUGCAGUCUCACUGCUCAAUUAUGUUCCCUUUAGGAGUUAAAUCACUCUUGUUUCUGUUUAUGCAACCCCAGCAACACCACCUCUGACUGUGACUCACACAGCCUGUAUGAAACGAAAUGGUUUCACUUUCAAUCAGAUGUAACUUACUCUAAAAGUUUUUAUCUCCUGCUCUGUAUAUUGAACUUCAGUUAUAUACAGGAGACUCAUGUGAGGUCUAAUAAGCUAUUAACAGUGCAGGAGAUAUGAAAUUCUAAAAUAAACCUUAUUUUUAAUACAGGAAGUGUAAACAUUAGAUGACUCUCUGCAGGCAGUGUUUGGAAGGCUGUGCAAGUCACAUGAAGGGAGGUGUCCCUAGGGCUGUAUAAACAAAAUGAUUUAACUCCUAAAUGACAGAGAUUUGAGCAGUGAGACUGCAGAGGCAUGAUCAAUACACCAAGACUGCCUCAUUAAGCUAAAGUUGUUUUGUUGACUAUAGUGUCCCUUUAAAGUUUGUUCUUCCUUCAUAUUUCUUAACAAAUGUGAUGCCUGCAGGAGCUAGCCAGAAUACACAUUUUCUGUCGACUCCAUAUUCUAAUUAACAAUGUAAUUUCUGCAACAGUGAGCCUUGUCAGCCACAAAAUGUGAAAUAUCAGGAUACUUGUAGGUUGGCAUUCUUACUGUCUAUAUAUUAUUCAGGCCAAAUUGAGAGUAAAUUUGCUGAUUAAAAGGUAAACGUAGAUGAAAAUUGCUUUCUUCUUCUCCAAAAUUGCAGGCGAAAGUUGGAAAUUGUCAGAUAUGGACACCAUGGGUGCCAAAUGUACAGAAGCCUGUGAUGCUCAGUUACAAGAGAGCACACUUUUUUUUUUUUAUUGAAUCACAGAGAUGUGCCCCAAUGUGUACCUAAUGAAAAGUAUAUUUCAGUGGGGCUUUGCAGCAUGAAACUAUGAUGUGUAUUCUUAUUUUAAGUGAAUCCUGUGUCAUCUUUGAAACUACUAUUGUACUCCUUCUACUGCCUUUACUAAUCAGCACAGUAAGAACAGUCACUGUUUCAAAUAGCCAUACUAUAAGGUCCACAUCUUCUGUGCAUCAAAUAACAUAGUAUAAAUACCAGGUAAAGGUGGUCAGAAUAAAAUCUCUCAAAUCUCAAAGGACAUAAUUGUGUACUGAAUUGUGUACUGAAGUGUUUUGCUCCUGCUUCCCUGGAUCUUAGUUCUUUAAAGGAUCUGGAUGGGUUCUAUUCAAAAGGAUGCAUUUGAGAUUUCAAAGAUUGGGGUUUUACUCUGACCACCUUUUCCUGAUAUUUGUAUUUUAUUGUAUACACGUGUGCUGUUUGCUGUGGUGUACACUUAGGUGGGAAGAGACUACACAAGCUUGUAUGAGUUUUAUGUUUUUUUUUAAAUAACAUACAAUGACUGCAUCAUUUUGAAUAGUACCCAUGGAGAACCUUUAAACCGCUAAGAUGUGAUAAUAAUCAUCAUCGAAGGAAGCAGGAGCUAAACAAUGUAUGCGCGUCAUUUGAGAAUUCAAAGAUUUUUUUUCUGACCACCUUAAUUUAUACAAUGUUAUUUCCUGCACAAAAGAUGUGGGUACCCACGUUUUUCUUGCACUUAAAUGAAUGGAAUGUUUUUCUUUAGGACAUUUGGGUCAAGUGCUGUGUGUGUGUGUGUGUGUGUGUGUGUGUGUGUAUGUGUAUAUAUAUAUAUAUAUAUAUAUAUAUAUAUAUAUAUAUUUUAAUGUUAAUCACUGUUUGACAAUACAACAAGAACAGUCCAGGUGUUUGUAAAUAACAGAUGCAGUGUUUGUUUUAGCUGUUUAUUGGUUUCUUAGCAAUUUGUGUUUUUUUUCUUCUUCUUUAUAGUUGCUAUUACAAAAGCCAUCUACAAAUCCAGCGAAGAAGACAAAAAAGAAGAAGAAGUAAAGAAAUCUCUUGAGCAACAUGACAACAUUAUAUCUCAUUACAAAAAUGUCAUCCGGGAACAGGUAUAAAUUUUAUAGUUAGCUGGCCACUAUAUGAUGCCUUUUAUGUUUUAUGUUGUGUGUUUUUUGUUUUGAAUUACACAGUGUUUUUUUAAAUUUGUUUGUUUAUUUUGUGAAUGUGUUAUCCUGUGCCAAUCAUAAGGAACUUACAUUUAAAUUAAGUGGCAUGUUUGCGGUAAGGGAAAUGCAUCCAGUUUUUAGAAAAUUGAAUAGGAAGCGGUUUGACAUAAGACUGAGGGACUGCUCACAUAGCUCCAGUGCACAAUAAUUGCUACAGUUUGUUUUUACCUCAACUUGCCUAUUAUUUUACAUUUUUUAUUUUUUUUAUUUACCCAAAUGUAAACAAUCGAGAUAAAAAUAUUUAACAUAAUUUCCAUUUGAGUAAAUCACGAGGAGUGGCCAUAAUGGUAAGCUCAAGAGUCCCAUUCACGUACCAACACCAGGUUUCGGACACUUCAGGGAGGGACAGUAUUCUUAAGGGGCUAGUGGGAACAUCUCCUGUCACCUUGCAAAAUAUUUAUCUCCCCAAUAAAAAUGUUCUCCCUAAAAAUAGGGGGUGACUUUAUGACUAUAAUAUCUCCCUGGAUGCCCAGAGAGACAGCACUGCUACAAAUCCCUCCCAUCUCGCAUUGGCUAGGGCCCAGAUGCGUAGCGUACUACAUGGUAGUCAACUAGUUGACUGCUGGAAAAUCCAGAGCCCAACCACCAAAGAUUUCACCUUCUACUCGACCCCAAAGAAGACUUACACAAGAUUAGACUAUUUUCUGGUACCACACAAGGACCUUUCAUUAAAAUUAGCGAUACUAAUAUAGGUAAUAUUGUCUGCUUCGACCACUAACUAUUGCAAUCCCCAUACCCCAUACCAGCUACAAAAUAUCAAUGGAAACUUAACCCCUAUCAGCUACAAAAUUCCAGAGUUCAUCAAGUUCUUUCGACCUCUAUCACACAAGACUUCUAGGAGAAUAAAACAUCAGAUUUUAAUAUAUUACUAUUAAUAUAUAUUAAUCCAAGUACCACCCUCCCACAAUUGGUAGACAAAAUGACCAAAUACAGCUCAAUGGCUAACGUUAAAAUUAACACAGAUAAAUGUGAAAUACUCAACCUCACGGUACAACAUGGGGAAGCGACUACAAAGAGAAUAUCAGUUUCAGUGGGCCCCAAAAUCAAUCUAGUACCUGGGAGUUAACAUCCCGGCAAAUCCUAGCGCUCUAUAUACACUGAACUUUCCACGUUUGCUGACCGCCAUACAGGCAGACCUGCAGGUGUGGGAUAAGCCCAAUCUCCGAUGGAUGGGCCAAUGCUAUAUCGAUGAAUGUAAUUCCCUCGCAUUCUGUAUCUUUUGUACACCAUACCAAUACAUCUCCCCAGACAUUUUUUUUAAACCAUUCAAUCUUUGUUCACGAGGUUCAUUUGGGCAGGGAAAAGACCAAAUUCAAGAACUCAUUGCUGUAUUUUAUGCUUACGGCCACCAAGUCAAUAAUUGCCAGCCUGUGGAAAGUGACCAGGACACCUGGCUUAAGGGAAUGGAUAGCAAGCUAAGAAUGAGUAAAACACUGUCUAUUACAAUGAAACUAAUAAUCAUAAUAAAAUAAAACGUUUGUGUUUCUUGAGCAUUCUAUGCUGCUAUCACUAUCCAAAAUACAAGGAAAACAAUCUCGUAGAUAUAAAUACAUUGAGCACAAAGACCAACAAAAUGUGUAUAAAGAUUGAUACAGUAUGUAGACACGAAAACUUAAAUCACAGUUAAUGGGCAAAUUCUGGGUCUGCCUUCCCACAGGGUUUUGGUCAGUACAUAUACAUACUAUAUAUAAAUAUAUAUAGUGACUUAACCCUUUAGAAUAAACAGACACAAAUAAUUCUAUUACAGCUCAGAUUGUACAUUUGUUACAGUUUUGUCACCAAUAUUCUUUACCUGUUUCCAUUUCAGCAGAGAUACUUGCCUAAACACUUGGGCAGCACAAACAUGUUCUUUUUAUACAUAAAGUUAAACAAAUGCACUGCAAAACAGAAUGGGUAUUUAAGUUUUUUUUGUUUUGUUUUUGUUUUUUUGUGUUCCUAGGAUAUUCAGUUGGAAGAGCUGAAGCAAUCUGUUGCUGCUUUGCAAAUUAAAACCGAGCAAAACCAGACAACAAUAUCACAGCAGCAAGCCCAGAUUCAGCAACACAAGGACCAGUACAAUCUUCUCAAAGUACAACUAGGUAUAUAAUAUUAUAAGGCAUGUGCACUGUGCAUUGGAAUCAGUGCCGUGUACAAUAUACAUCUAUUUAUGUGUGCCUAUUACUACAUUACCCACAAGCUGUUUAUUCCAUUAUAGUAAAUGUAGCAAAUAGAAUGAUUAAGUUGCAUAGAUAUCAGACCAGAAUGAUGGAGCCCAACAGUAUAUAAUUAGCUGUGCUUUACAGACAUUUGCUAAAGAUUUGGUUACCUGCUGGAAUCAAUACUCUACAAACUUUUAAUGUAUAAUUGGUAAGAACCAAUUUUUACUAGAAAUUUGAAUAAAUAUCAAUAAUAAUAAAAUAACAUUAAGAACAGCUGGCAAUAAACAAUGACAAACGUUCCACAAUUUUUAGUUAAAAUUUUAGUUUCAAGUUCUUUACAGCAAAUGUAAAAAAUGAUACAGUUUCAUGUAUCGGGAGAUAAAUGCAGUAUAUCUCUGUUAGGGUUCAAGUACAGACCUACAAGACAACAAACUCUUUUGAUACACAUUAUACUCCUGUACUUGUGUCUAACAGGUAAAGAUAGCCAGCAUCAUAACGCACAUAACAGCAAUGCACAAAUGAAUGGAUUCCAGGCCGAGGAGGUCAUUCGCUUAAAAGAUGAAAUUGAAGAAUUGCGAAAACAACAUGAAUCGCUGCGAGGAGAGCUGUCUGAGAAAGAUGCUCUAAUAGAGAACUUGGUAAGUGUUGUGUUAUUCUUAAUACUUGAUUCCAACAAUAACUGGAAAUAUGCAGAUGCUUCAUAACAUUUGUGCUAAGCACUGGAGUAUAAAUCACAUUUAUUUACCAAGUGUUCAAACAAACAUUUGUUACAAAAUAUUUUCACAUACAUUGAUGGAACCAAGUCGUACCACUUAGAAAAUUGUCUGUGGUUUUAAUUCAUAAAUGUUUUGCUAUAUUGGUGGAAAAACACACGGCAGAAUGCAGCUGUUCUUCAUUAUCCAACAUACAGCGUAGUCUCCUAAUACUCAACAAAAUUUUACCCCAUUAUCUCUAUUGUUAUUAUGUUCAAUGUAUUGCAUCUACGUUAUAUGCCUAAUGGGGGUAAUCGUAGCCGUGAGAUAUUUUUUUUUUUUAUCUUGGUGAGAACUCUUGGAUCUGUAGGACAAUUGCUGGGAAUAGGACAUUUAACGUCCUUCAUUUGACCCUUUUAUGUAAUUUCAGAAACAGACUCAAGUUGAUUCACAAACAGCGCAACAAGCUGAUGUCUCUGAACAAGCAGCAGGGCAUAAAAAGGUAUGAUUCUUUUUUUGUUCAUCAUUUAUGGAUGACCUGUCUUCUCUUUCUGAGGGCUGCUUUUGUUAAUUGUAAUUAAAUAUUUAAAGACCAGUAAAAAUGUCACUGUAAAACACUUGCUCUGGACUAUGCAUACCCAUGAGCAUCCUCAGGGCAGUCCUUCUAUGGACAUAUCACUACUGAGGCAAUGGGGAGUACUAAGAAAAAAAACAAAAAAAAACACUGUCUGUGAAAAGAUUUGAAUAUACCAGAUUUGGAGAUUAGCAGUGUAGAGCUUAAAGUUAGUACUACCCUUGGUUUGAAAUCCAUUUCCUGGAAUUGGUGUAAUUGUUUUUGUUUUGUUUUUACCGAUUUAAAAAUGUCAGAAAGCAAUCAAAUAACAUUUAUUUUAAACUUUUUUUUAAUAGAUUUUAAAUUUUUUCCCCCCGAUAAUUAGAAUAUAUUUCUGAUGGAACUCCAUUAAUUUCUUAUUUCUUUCACAGGAGCUGGAAGCAUUACGUUCCCAAUUGCAGGUACAGUCAACAGAGAUCAACAGACUACAAGCAGAAAGAACAGAACUCCUACAAAACAUAGAAAGCAAGGUAGAACGCUCUACAUUCUCACCUGUGUACUAAUAGGUGUUCUUAUUGACUUUUAAAUUCAGUUCUUGCAAAAUCCUUUUUUUACCACUCCUUAAUAUUUGUACUUUAAUGAUCAUAUACCUCUGUUUACAGACCUCAUUUACUGGAUCGGGUGACCAUAUAGUGUCUACGUCCACAAAUCCUGAACUUGAAGAAAAAGUAGUUACAUUGUUGCAGGAAAUUACAGUUUUAAAGGUGUGUUACUGCUGUCCUUUUUGUUUUUUUUCAAUGUGAGGGUUUUUAUUUGUGAAAUUGUACAUUUCUUAUUGCAAAUAAGUUUCUUGUUGUAUUCACAUCAAUUUAAAUAAUAUUUAGCGAUUACAACCAAUUCCAUAAGUAAUAUGCUACAAUUAUUUAAAGGACCACUAUAGUGCCAGGAAAACAAACUAGUUUUCCAGGCACUAUGUAGUCCUUAGGUCCCCCCCACCCUCAGGGGCCACCUCCUGCUGGGCUGAAGGGGUUAAAACCCCUUCAGCCACUUACCUUUCUCCAGCGCCUGGGGAACUCUCUCCCUCCUGCCGACGUCCGCGCCGAAUGCGCAUGUGCGGCAAGAGCCCCGCGCGCAUUCAAACAGUCCAUAGGAAAGCAUUUCUCAAUGCUUUCCUAUGGACGUCAGUGUCUUCUCACUGUGAUUUUCACAGUGAGAAUCGCGGAAGCGGACUCUAGCGGCUGUCAAUGAGACAGCCACUAGAUGCUGGAUUAACCCUCAGUGUAAACAUAGCAGUUUCUCUGAAACUGCAGGGUUAAAACUAGAGGGACCUGGCACCCAGACCACUUCAUUGAGCUGAAGUGGUCUGGGUGCCUAUAGUGGUCCUUUAAAUAAGACAAUAUGUAGUGAAUAUUGAAUUAUACCAAAAAAUAUAAAAUACAUUCAUUUGACACUCUUUCCCUUUCAUUUUCUUUUUCUCCUUCUAAAGCUUACUUCUGCACUUUUUUCAAUAUUAUUCCUUUUAUUUCUUGAGUGUUGAGAGCAGAGAACGGUCUUCUCCAGCUCUUCUUCUCCUCUUCCUGCCACACAGUACAAUGUGAUGCACUGACUGUGAUGCUUUAUCACUUGUUGUUAGGUAGGGUAUAAUUCCAUGCAAUCAAAAUUAAUACUACACAAAGCAACCUGAGCGUUUGAUGAUUAAUAUUUUGCGCAGUAUGAAGUUUGAUUGUAUUCUCCCUCGAGUAAUGGGAGUUGCAGUUUAACAACAAAUGGGUAUCAGCCUUAAAGCCAAAGGCUGAUCUUCUAUUGGCGCAUACCUAUUCAUCGCUGCUUUUUAUUUGAGCAGAAUUGGAGUUACACUUCUGCCACAACUGGAGAUUGGCCUGAUCUACCAGAGAUGCGGAUGAGCUUUGGUUGAAGUGUAAAUCAUGAUUGCUAGCCAGCAGGUGUAAGGUUACAGGGGUAGUUUGUCAGUAAUAAUGGAAAUUUCUUGCAAAACAAAAAUUCAUGUAAGGGAAAAGUUAGUUUGUUUUAUUAAUUGUUAACCUUCCCUUUAUUUGACCAUAGAGGCACUCAUUUGCUAAUUGGAAUGACUCACGUUGUUAAAUAAUGAAAAACACAAUUAAACAGAGGAAUAAGGAGUUUAAUUUUGUUUCUCAAUAAUUUUGUUUCUGUAAGUGGCUGAAAGGUAAGUGGCUGAAGGGGUUUUAACCCCUUCAGCCCGGCAGGAGGUGGCCCCUGAGGGUGGGGGGGACCUAAGGACUACAUAGUGCCUGGAAAACAAGUUUGUUUUCCUGGCACUAUAGUGGUCCUUUAAUUGUAGCAUAUUACUUAUGGAAUUUCACAAAUAAAAACCCUCACAGUGAAUGUUGUGCCCAUUUACAAGAAAGGUAAUAGGGAGGAGUCGGGCAACUAUAGGCCAGUAAGCCUUACUUCAUUAGUGGGGAAAGUGAUGGAAACCAUGUUAAAGGAUAGGAUUGAUGAACAUCUAAAAACAUAUGGAUUUCAGGAUCAGAGACAACAUGGAUUUACUUCAGGGAGAUCAUGCCAAACUAAUCUUAUUGAUUUUUUUGAUUGGGUAACUAAAAUUAUAGAUCAGGGUGGUGCAGUAGACAUUACUUACCUAGAUUUCAAUAAGGCCUUUGACACUGUUGCACAUAGAAGGCUUAUCAAUAAAUUGCAAUCUUUAAGUUUGGAUUGCAAUAUUGUUGAAUGGGUAAGGCAGUGGCUGAGUGACAGGCAACAGAGGGUUGUAGUUAAUGGAAUAUAUUCGAAGCUUGGACUUGUCACCAGUGGGGUACCUCAGGGAUCUGUACUUGGACCCAUUCUCUUUAAUAUUUUUAUUAGUGAUAUUGCAGAAGGUCUUGAUGGUAAGGUAUGUCUUUUUGCUGAUGAUACUAAGAUAUGUAACAGGGUUGAUGUUCCAGGAGGGAUAAGCCAAAUGGCAAAUGAUUUAGGUAAACUAGAAAAAUGGUCAGAAUUGUGGCAACUGACAUUUAAUGUGGAUAAGUGCAAGAUAAUGCAUCUUGGACGUAAAAACCCAAGGGCAGAGUACAGAAUAUUUGAUAGAGUCCUAACCUCAACAUAUGAGGAAAGGGAUUUAGGGGUGAUUAUUUCUGAUGACUUAAAGGUAGGCAGACAAUGUAAUAGAGCAGCAGGAAAUGCUAGCAGAAUGCUUGGUUGUAUAGGGAGAGGUAUUAGCAGUAGAAAGAGGGAAGUGCUCAUGCCAUUGUACAGAACACUGGUGAGACCUCACUUGGAGUAUUGUACACAGUACUGGAGACCGUAUCUUCAGAAGGAUAUUGAUACCUUAGAGAGGGUUCAGAGAAGGGCUACUAAACUGGUUCAUGGAUUGCGGGAUAAAACUUACCAGGAAAGGUUAAAGGAUCUUAACAUGUAUAGCUUGGAGGAAAGACGAGACAGGGGGGAUAUGAUAGAAACAUUUAAAUAUAUAAAGGGAAUCAACACAGUAAAGGAGGAGACUAUAUUUAAAAGAAGAAAAACUACCACAACAAGAGGACAUAGUCUUAAAUUAGAGGGACAAAGGUUUUAAAAAAAUAUCAGGAAGUAUUACUUUACUGAGAGGGUAGUGGAUGCAUGGAAUAGCCUUUCAGCUGAAGUGGUAGAGGUUAACACAGUAAAGCAUGUGUGGGAUGCUUCCCCUGCUACCUUUUGUCUCAAAUCCCCCUGGUAUCCUUUAGAUUGUAAGCUCAAGGGCCAUCUAGCUAAGCACUUUGUAUUAAGAGCUCCAAUGGCUAGAUAUCAGCUUACGGGCAGGGCUCUCUUACCUCUUGUAUUUGUUUGUGUAUAUUGUACGUUUCUCAACUAAUUGUACAGCGCUGCGGAAUCUGUGUGCGCUUUAUAAAUUGCAAUAAUAAUAAUAAUAAUAGGCAUAAGGCUAUCCUAACUAUAAGAUAAGGCUAGGCACUAAUGAAAGUAUUUAGAAAAUUGGGCAGACUAGAUGGGCCGAAUGGUUCUUAUCUGCCGUCACAUUCUAUGUUUCUAUGUUUACAACACUAGUGUCUAUAGAGGAGAUCGUGGAAUCCUCCAUAGACAGAGCCUUUUUCCCCUUAGCCAUCACUUUUGAGCCCCUUUAAAGCAAUAAUGAACAGAUUAAACUCAAUUUUUAGAAUUACAAUAAUGGAUACGAUAAUAAUAAACAGAAUGCACCAGUCUAAUGCAAAUUCUAAAGAAUUCUGAUGGUGGAAAGUUGACCUUUUCAGGGUGUUAUUUAGUAUUUCUUUGUAUGGAAACAUUUGGAGGUCAUUUCACUUCAUAAGUAAAGGUAAAUUAAUUCCAAUUAAGAGUAGUCAAUGAUUUAAUUUCUGUAUUUUUUUAAAAUGGGUAAUAUUUAAAUGACUAUUUGUAACAUAUGGCUGCCUUGUUUUUUCCAGGGAGAACUUAAAACAGCAUCUGAAGAAAAUUCCUCUUUGAAGCAGCAGCUCGAUACAGCUAAGAGUACAUCAGCGAUUUUGCAAGAUGAAAAAGUGAAACUGCAGCAAGACGUGGCAGAGUCCAAGAAAGAGCAGGACGACCUCUUAGUUCUUCUAGCUGAUCAAGAUCAGAAAAUUCUUGAACUAAAGAAAAAACUCAAGGAACUUGGACAUCCAGUAAGUUACUUCACAAAUCUUGUGGGCAAAGUUCAAUGUGUUCAUUGUACAUUACUUCUUAAUGUAUGCAGAUAGGUAUUAAGGGACAGAGCCUAGAACCAAACUACUGCAUUAUCCAUGACCCACUAGUUAGUGAUUAUAUCCCAAUGGAGUGUUCCUUCAAUUCUGUGGUGGACACAUCCAUAGUUCUAUAUGGCUUUAGGCAGUAAAGCUACAGAUUUGCAACUGAUACAGUGUCAUGCAAGUAAUCAUUUAGAUUUAUUUAGCAUUGUGGUGUCAUUUUUUCCAUUGGGAUAAAUCCACACCAGACUCUGGUAUAAAUUUAACCCAUUAGUCCAUAGUCAUCAACACUUCUACAUCUCCUGUUCUAACCAGGCAAAAUACAAAUUUAGUUUUAGCCCAUAAGUACUGGUAAUGCUACAACCUUACUACACAAGAGUCUGUUUGACUCCUAAUACAUUGUGUGCAUUCUAGCAGGUAAGUUGGGAUCUGCAUAAGGUGUUUCCCUCAUAAAUGUUUCUGUAUCACCACAGGUGGAAGAUGAAGAUGACGAUUUGGAGUCUGGAGAUGCUGGCGAUGAAGACUAUGAGGAUGAAGUUGACGAUGACGACGAUGAUGAUGAUGAAGCUGGCAGAGAAGGAGAUGUUUAAGAAUGUUGAAAGUGAUCUGGUUAUCAUACUUAAAGACAGAAAGCGUGUGGUGAUUUCCUUAAUGCAGCAUUUAUGGCAGUUAUGUAUUGUAGGAGACGAUGGGCUGCUCACCAAAGGGACUGUUAUUUACAUUUAGAAACUGAUGCCAUAUUUAGGUAAAAUAAAUAUUUUAAAAAACAAACACAAUAUACAAAAAACUGAUCACGUUUCUGACCAGGAUUAAAGGCUUGAUAGAGGUAUAUUCUUUGGAAUAUUUUCCCAAGUGUUAUGUAGUGUUACUCAUGUACCACUGCAUCUGUCCUGCAUUGAUCUGCCUUUGCUAUUACUAAACAUUGCUAUGCAAUGUCAAUGAUGUUUUUUCCAACAAUAAAUAGUUCUGUUCUUUUACAACACUAUCCAUCAGAUGGCUGUAUGUUUCGUUAAUCCGAUUGAAUGGGCAUUGUUUCAAGGAUUAUUCAGUCUUACCUUAGCCAAAAUAUUUUCCCUUUCCAAAGGUAUACAUUGCAAAGCUUGCUGAACGAGGACAGUAUAUAGAUCUAUUAAAAAAUAUUUUUAUUUUAGCUUGUUUAAAAAUGGCUAGUAGACAUGAAAAUGUUUGUUUAGUGCCUUCAGGCCUGAGACAGCUGUGCUCCACAUCAGUUAUGAUCACAUAAUAUUUUGCUGCAAAAACAUGGAAAACCCAUGUCUAUGUAGUAUUGCUAGAUUUUCUUUUACUUGCAUCAUAAAAAUUUUUAAGAAACAGAGUAAACACAAAAAAACGCUGUUAACAUACAAUUUUCUCAAAAUGUUUAACAUUUACCAUUUAACAUUCGUUGUUUACUGUAAUGUUGAAGACAAGUGAUGACAAAACAAAUUAUAUAAUUUAUUGGCUUAAAUCAGGCCAUAUAUAAUUACGUUCAGAAUGACAUUUUAAGAGUUAAAAAAUAUGAAUUACAUUAAUUUCAUGUUUUACAAAUAAAGUAAUGCAUUUACUUAAAACUA